ACUAGCCUGUAUGUAUCUAUAUUCAUUGUAGUUUCUAUAAUAUAUAUAAUUUUUUUGAGAAGUUUAAUUAUAUAGUAAUAAAGAGAUCUGUCUCUAAAAUUAUUUAAUAAUAUAUUAGAAAUUUAUUAAGAAUUGUUUUCUUCUUUUCUAUAGUAUACUGUGAAAUCAAUUUUUUUUUUAAUUAUUCGAAAGAUGGCACUAACCAAUAUUUUACUUCUUAGUCAAAUAUCUGGAUAUGUCGUAGCUCUUGUUUUGUCACUUUGUAUUAUCAUACCAAUGAGUUUACAUGAAGAUGAAUUUAAAGGACAUUGUCUAUUAUUUUCAACAGGAACUUGGCAAGAAUCAGAUGGUCAAUUUAUAGUAAAUUGGGCUUCACAAGCUUAUUGUAAUUAUACAAUAUUUGUUGGUUUGAUGUUAUUAUUAAUAUCAGCAAUACAAAUUUAUCGACUUUCUUUACUUAUGUAUCGUGGAGAAGACAGUUCCUUUUUAUCUGCAUUCAUAGAUGUUGUUAGUUCAAUAUUUCUUACAACAAUAACUUUAAUUGCUGCAAUUAUUAUUACACUUGGAUUUAUGACUUGGUGUCAAUGUAUGACUAAAAGAUUUCCAUCUUGUGAAUUAGCAGCUGGGAAUGAUAUUGAUAAAGCUGAUGGUAUAGAUACAUCUGGUUUUCAUAUUGAAUUGGGUGCAGUUCAAUUUGGUACUUGGACCAGUUUAUCUAUUUGGGUUGGUCUAUCAGUAUUUGCAGUAUUAAAAUUAUUGCGAUAUCAUCAAUUAGAAAAUAUGAAAGUUUCAAUGUAUAGAGAAAGACAAAGAUUAAUAGAAGCAGCCAGAAAUAAUGAAAUACAAGAAUCAACUUAAAAA